CACGUGAAUGCCCUGAAGUGAUUCAUCCAUAGAGUUGAGAAUAUAGAACGAAUUUCAACUAUAUUUAGGACCUGUGAGGACGGAUCCACUGUCAAAAAAAAAAUACACCAACGUGUUAUCUCGCCAACUACACGCGUAUAUAACAUACGGUCAGGACGAUUCUGUGACAAUGACUGAGAAAGAAGUUAAAGAUCCCAAUGGAAAAGUCGUAUUUAAAGUUGUGGACCACGAAGGCGCUCGCUUUCCAGUAGGAGUCUUUGGCAACGUAUUGGAUCGCCUGAAAGCACUUUCUGAAGCAACUUUUAAGGACACUGAUGUUUUUGUUAUAUCAUAUCCGAAAUCUGGAACUCACUGGUGCUAUGAAAUAGUGGACAUGCUGAGAAACAAUAGCUCAGAAUUUACUAAACACAUGCCUCCCCUGAUUGACAUGCUACCUGUUGAAAAACUCAUGCAGGUGCCCGAUGGUGUUCUCGUAUCUCAUCUUUUGCCCCAACACAUGCCAAAAGAUGCUAUCCAAAAGCGCUGUAAACUGGUUCACAUUUACAGGAAUCCCAAAGACGUGAUCGUCUCAUUUUUUAACUUCCUCAAGAAAACCAAAGAAGGAGCCAUGAUGCAGGACAUGGAAUUUGAUGUGUUUUUCGACUUGUAUAUCACAGACCAGUUGCCAGGUGGUCUGUGGACAAAUUACAUCAAGGCUUGGACAGAUUUUAAAAAAGAAAAUCCCACGUACCCCAUUUUGAAUAUUUGUUACGAGAAGAUGAAGACAGACCUCAAAGGCCACGUUAAAAUGAUUGCUGACUUCCUGGAACUGAAGCCUAGUGAAGAACUGAUCGAGGAAAUAGCAAACAAAUGCGAAUUUCAAACAAUGUCCAAAUUUAAAAACAGCAACAUCCCAGAGGGCAUGCGCAUGGUGACAGAUGUUAGGGACAAACAUAUUAUGUACAGAAAAGGUGAAGCUGGUGACUGGAAAAACUGGUUCAAAGUUGCCCAGAGUGAGGCUGUAGACGCUGAAGUCGAGGCCGCAAACAUUCCUUUAGAAAUACAGUAUACAUAACGAUUUAGACGAUGACUAGAAACAGAUGUGUUUCUGAGAAAUACUUCUCUACAAUUCAUCAAGAAAAAAGUCAAUUUGAUAAAACAUUUAUAUAUAUAUAUAUAUUCGAAACUAAUCAAAUUUAGUAUAUGCCAUUUUUCCUCAUAAUGACAAGAUGCAUGCUACAUGACUGUAAACAUAUAUACAUGUAUAUGAAACGGUACAAAUCUGUAUUAUGUACCAUGUAUUGUGAGCUAAACAAAUAAAGUACUGGUAACACCA